CUGACUCCUGCUGACUAGUUAACAUGGAAGCCUUGAAWAGCAUGUUCAACACUCGUUCUUAGCUUCAUUUUAGUGCAUUUCCUAAGUUUGAAAUAUUAUUACUCGGGCUGCUGCAUUAUUUGGAGUGAGWGAUGAUGUCUUAUCUAACAGAGGACACAUUGUUGCCUGCAAGUUCCCUGGACAGCGGUAGUGAAAACUCUUCUCUGGCCUCAUCAUUGGACCAGCCAAUAAAAAACCAAUAUUUUUUAAACAAUUCCUGGCCUUUCCUGGACAGAUUUAAGACGUCAUUCGGUACUAAUGAUUACUUGAACCAAUACUCAGUCAGUGGGAGAGGUACCAAACAAUGCAUCCUCCGUGGUAGAGACCUUUUUGAAAGUAAUCUGAAUUCCUCUGGGUGCAGUAUUUCCGAUGCUUCAACACUUUACAGUUUUAGAGGAAAUCACUAUAAUCCCUCUUCCUCGGGAUAUCGCACUAGUCUGGAGCUUGAGGAAUGUACACAAUGGAUCAAUAGUUAUCUUCAAUAUUAUACACAUGAUAUGAUGAUCACUGACUUAACUGAAUCAUUAGCGGACGGACAGACACUUUUAUACUUGGUGGAGAUACUUCUUGGUGUAGUUGUAACUCCAGUUCACGUCAAACCAGCGUUAGAAGUACAGAAAAUUGAGAAUAUUCAAAAGUGUCUUGACAUACUGACAUCACGUGGUAUAUCGAUGCAUGACGUCACAACUGAAGAUAUAGUGAAGAAAAAUGCMAAAAUUGUACUCGCUCUUUGUCAAUCUCUCAGAAAACACUUCGGUUCAUCAACAGGUACACCAAAAAGAUCACCACRAGGGCCAGGCCCRUCCUCGUYCUCCAGAAGUAUCUCACCACCAAUCAAUCUACGUUCACUAGACGGAGAUAGACAAUCUAGUACACCCUCCMAAUCACCUAGAACCGCAGUGAUUGACAUYGAAGAUGUCGCUAUUCUUGAGUGGGUGUCCAGUMUGACCAACCAMACAGUCAAGGGUUAUGAAAGUUUCCAAGAUGGUCACGUGCUAUGCCUAUUGGUCAACAAACUGACAGGUGGCGCUGUCCCGGAUGUGGUUCUAGAACACGGGCUUCCCUCGGAGAAAAUCAGCCUCGCCUUAACAUUCAGCGAAGAGGAACUGGGAACAACCAUCAAGCUAGAACCUUACGAUAUUGUAAAACUCGACAAUUCAAAUAAACUACCUUUGUAUUUACAAGAACUUCAUAAGAUAUUUCUUGACCAAAAACACAACGAAAUAACCAAUAACAAAGUCACACAACUAGUGGAAGUAGGUGAAAAUCUAAAAGAAAUCAAGGCUCACGAUCUGAUGUCCACGAACUAUCUGUCAAGAAAUGGUCAUGAUAGUUUUAAAACAACCGAAAGAGGCGAUGCUGAGUGCGAAAUGCGAACUUCAACMGGAAACGUAACCGUGCAUUYUAGAAUGCCCACGAAACAAGCCCAGGGUACCGGUUAUCAGCUUACAAAAUCGAGUCGUCCAAGAAGUCAUCAACCUGGACAACAGGAACGAUUCCUGGAAAGUGGAUAUUUCCUUGAUGAUUACGAUGAUAAAAACAUAGACGAUAUAGACAAAGUAUGGCCUAAACAUUGCUCCAAGCUUUAUUAUAAAAGUGAUAAAACACACAAUUURGACAAACCAAGAAAAAUUGAUAUUCUCGAUGGACAGACGUUUCAUUAUGGCACUAGUGAUGACGUAAUGAUAUUGCCAAAGGAAACCAUUUUCGAUCCAAUCAAAUGGGAGCUUCCAUUCAAACCUCUCGCGACAAAAUCUUGGAAAAAAGAGCGUGAAAAAGCGAGAUUAAAGAUUGACUUUCUUGAAGAACAACUUAAGCUUUUAAAAAGACAAUAUUUUGAAAAUAUGAGUCUUGAAAUCGAGAAAGACAAUUCUGACGAUUCAAUUGAAAAGGGUGCAGAAAUAACUUACGCAAAAUCUCCAAUAAAGUCAAAAUCCUUUCCACAUAAGGCAGAAAAGAGCUCCUCUAAGGGUCUCUCUGAGUCGUUUAACAGCUAUUUUGGAAAAAACAAAGGAACMACACCACCGUACAGGACAUGGUCCACGUACAUCAACACAGAGGGCGAUCGAUACAAAACUUUGAUAAAAAAUACAGGAAAAGCUGAUGACAAAAUUCAGUCCCUAAAGCGAAAUCACGUGAUUUUGAGUCCGCAAAGGAUCAGCGGUAAAGAUGACGUGAUGGUUUCCACUAAUGACGUCGACAGACKACGUGAAUUUCAAAAACCGGACAACCGUACUGGAGUUAUAAGUCCACAAAUUAAAGACAUCCAAAACRCCGAGGCACGUGAUCUUACAAAGAAGCGUUUAUCAGAUGCUAGCGACUGCAGUACUGAUAGUCUAAUGRCCAGUGGUCGUCGUCUUCAUGGUAUAACGGCACUAGUAAGGCUGAGCUCCAAGAAGGCUAAUGCAGUAUCAGAUUCUGAGAGUUAACACCGGGUGAAUGUCUUGUUUAGUCCAAAUGCUYGUUUCAAUAAGAAGAGAGCUAAAUGAGUACAGCAAAAAUUAUCAAUAAAACCUUCCUAAACUCUAA